UGUGGGUUGACGCCGCUAUCGCUUGCCCGGCGUCGAAAUGACUACCCACAGUGUGACAACCAAGAUCUAAUAGGCAGCAGCGAAUUGGUGAUCGGAAUAGUACACGUAGCUGUCUACUAGAAAUCGUGUGUGAUUGAGAAAAUGGCUGAACAAAACUAACUGGGGUUUAUGAGGUAGCAAGUCAACGUGAAUGUCCUGUCACCAACCCUCGUACCUUAGUCCGUGAACGGGAUGCGUUUCAACGAGAAGGAGCUAGUUUCGCUUAGCCGCCAGCCCUCCGAGAAGGCGGCGGAGCUGGGGAUGCGAGGACCAAAAAAAGGAGAUGUUGUAAAGAAAAGGCUGGUGAAACUGGUUGUUAACUUCCUUUUCUAUUUCCGGACAGAUGAGGAGGAGCCGCUUGGGGCUUUGCUGCUUGAGCAGUGUCGGGUAGAGAGGGAGGACAGCCUGGCCUUCUCUAUCGUAUUUCUGGAUGAGGCAGAGAGGAAGUAUCUGUUUGAAUGUGACUCCGAAGAGCAGUGUGUGGAGUGGAUAGACUCCAUCGUCAAGGCCAGUUAUGAGUUUAUGAGGAAGAACCUGAUAUUCUAUCGUACUGAAAUCCAUAGGCUUACUGGCAAGGACCCUCUUGAACAGUAUGGCAUAUCAGAUGAAACUCGCUUCCAGGUCAGCAGUGGCCUUUAACUAAUACCUAAAGAUACCUCCUCCAUGUAGUUCAGUCUCGCCUAUAUCCACAUUGCCUUUUUGUCUUGUCACUACACUUGUGAAGUCAAUCGUCACUACCCCUUUUUUGCCUUUCUAUUAAUAUUUUCUUAAUGGUUUAAAAAUCAUGGCCCUAUCAAGUAUCUUGUAGCUUUACCCAACUCACUUUUAGUAUCUCAAGUCUUUGCCAAUCUGUAAUAAACCUUAUUCAGAUAUUACAGAAUAUAAGUGCAUACAAAGUGAUGACCAGGAAUGUUUGUACUGCGGUUGUCAGCAUCACUGGUAAAGCUGGACUCGGCAAUCACAUCACUGAACUUUAUUUUGUGUUAAACAAAAAAAUAUUUUAAUGUGUUUUUUGUUAGUUUUGUGUAUGUCAUUUUCAAACAUUGCCUUGAUUAUUUGAUUGAUUAUUUGCCUGAACUGUAAAUAUGUUUUAUACUAUGAUCUCUACUGGUUGUAUACUUGCUGUAUUCUUAGAUAAUGUGAUAAUUUUAGCCUGUGUCUCCAUUGUUAACCCUGAGGAGCACAGGUUGUUUUGCUCCAGAAUUUUUGUUCAGGAUUAUCAGCUUGAGUAAGUUAGAUGGAACAUGAGUGCUGUAGUUAUGCUGGACAGAAGUCUGUGUAUCAUUGGAGUAAGGUUAGUGUAAGCUAAUGAAUGCUAAGAGCCUCUUAGAUAAGAACUCUUUCCUACUUGGAACUUUGGAAAUGCACUAUUUUUGUCUUGAUUUGAAACGCUUGGGCCGUUUUUUUCUGCAGAGUAGAGCCAUUUAUUUUACUUUUAUUGUUUAUGCAAAAGAAGAGUUUUAGUUAUUUAUCAUUUAUGUACAGUAUCACUCAUUUACUUGUAACUGCUGUUGCUACAUUACGGGACUUUGACUGAAAUUUCUUACUGAUAUAUUUUUGUUGGACUAUCUUUAUUGGUCUUAGCAAAAAUAUUCUUUCAGCUGAGGAAAACUUCAUACCCAGCCACAUGUCAUUUCAUGGCACUGUUGCAUUCUGUAAAUCUGUGGGAAACAAUGGCAAGGAUUGGUCAUAGUUGAUUUAUUUACACAGGGGAUGUGUUCAAUCUUUGCAUUUUUACUUCAUGUUGGGUCACGGACAUUUAUUUCAUUGCCAUAUUUCAGUUCAAUGAUUUUUUUUGUAAUAAAAUCUUUUUAAAACGUAUCAUG